AUGGCAGGGCAAAUUGCUGCUCGUGCCCUGUUAGAGAUCGCGACGAACACAAUUAGACCGGGGAGAUCCAGGAACAUCGACUGUGUAUUCCCAAGAGGCGAAGAAAUUCGCGGAGAAAGGCGCUGGGGGUAUAACAAGAGACGUGAAUGCUUCAUUAGCCUACGGAGGAUUGGCGAUUACAGGCGCGACGAUAUUCCUGAGUGCAGAUUGUCGAUUCCACCUCCUGCCGUCGACCACGAGUGGAACCGCUUUGUUGCUGAAGGCGGCAAUGAUAACGAUGAAUAG